CCUACUGCCACGCGGAGUGUGGGCCGUGUGAACGACGUCGUACUCGCGGAGCGCGAGCCUGGAAACAGAGGGUGCGUGCACGCGCGAUAGCCAUGCCUCCUCCAAUCCUAGCGCCUGACAGGAAGACAUUGCUAUGAACUAACAUUCAUCCAUGUCGUUUGUGGAAGCGUGGCGUCGUGGAUGGUCGGUACUGCGAGGUGGAUAAGAACGUGUUAAUUUUUUUUGCACAACAAGUCCAUAACGUGUUUUCAUCUUCUUCUUUUGUUACCACCGAGACAAAGACAAAAGGUACAUUGGGAGUACAGCUGUGGCGAAAUAGUGUUACUUAAUACUUUGAGGUGGAUCAUCGUCCUGCUCACUCCGUUAAGUUGCUCCUGGAACCCCGUGCGGUUCGGGCUUGCGAGGACUUUUCUUUGCGGACUACAGCCAGAUGUGACUCACCGAAAGACAUCAUCAGGGGGAAAAGGAGAGAUUAGGACCCUAUCCGUCUCCUGGAGAGGUGUCUGCAGAGAGUGAGGGCCCCCCCCCCCCCCCAUCACCUGGCUUGACCACACCCGUCUGCCACAGCACCACCAUGCCCCGCUCCUCCGCCCUCCACCCGUCUGGACCCCCGGAGAGCAGCCGCCCACCCAGAUGAGGAUGCCUGCCUCCCCCUACGCCCUGCACCCCCUCCUGCCCGCCGAGACCACCGCCAUCGCAUCCUCCUCCGCCGCCGCCACCACCACCACCACCACCACCACCACCACCACCACCACCACCACCACCACCACCACCACCCCCUCCUUAUCCUCCACCACCGCCGCCGCCGCCGCCGCCUCCCCUCCGCCCUCCGACCCCCGCGGCCUCACGGCCCACCGUCGCCAUGGGCGAUGAGCGGCGAGGCGUGGACGAGGCCAUGGCGGCCAACACGCUGGCCUGGCUGGUGUGCUCGGGCGUGUCCAUCCUGGCCAACGCCUGGGGCAUCCUGAGCGUGAGCGCCAAGCAGAAGAAGUGGAAGCCCCUGGAGUUCCUCAUCUGCACGCUGGCGGGCACGCACAUCCUGAACAUGGCCAUCCCCGUCACCAUGUACUGCGUGGUGUCGCUGCGCCGCCGCCACUCCAGCUACGAGUGGAACGAGGGCCUGUGCAAGGUGUUUGUGUCCACCUUCUACACGCUCACGCUGGUCACCUGCUUCUCCGUCACCUCGCUGUCCUACCACCGCAUGUGGAUGGUGCGCUGGCCCGUCAACUACAGGCUGAGCAACACCAAGAAGCAGGCGGUGCACACGGUGAUGGGCAUCUGGAUGGUGUCCUUCAUCCUGUCCACACUGCCGGCCGUGGGCUGGCACGACACCAACACCCGCUUCUACACGUCGGACUGCCGCUUCAUCGUCACGGAGAUCGGCCUGGGCUUCGGCGUGUGCUUCCUGCUGCUGAUCAGCGGCAGCGUGGCCAUGGGCGUCAUCUGCAUCGGCAUCGCCCUCUUCCAGACCUUCUCCGUCCAGGCGGGCCACCGGGCGGACAAGAACAAGUUCAACGUGCCCACCAUCGUGGUGGAGGACGCGCAGGGCAAGCGCCGCUCGUCCAUCGACGGCUCGGAGCCCCUGAAGACGUCGCUGCAGAUCACCUACCUGAUCAGCGGCAUCGUCUUCAUCUAUGACUUCCUCACCGGCUUCCCCAUCCUGGUGGUGAGCUUCGCCAGUCUGAAGUACAACAGCUCGUACGACUGGAUGAUUCUGUGCGUGCUGUGGUGCUCCAUCGCCCAGUCCAUCCUGCUGCCCAUGUUCCUCUGGGCCUGCGACCGCUACCGGGCCGACGUGCGCAUGGUGUGGGAGAAGUGUGUGGCCAUCAUGUCCAACGACGACGUUGACGAAGACAACAGCCAGGACGGAGGGAUACAUGCCGACUUAAUAUAUGACAGACCAUAUGACUAUAGCAGCGUGCCUGAAAUCGUGACGCUAGACCGUUUUGCCACGUACGAAUUCUCAACCUUAGAAGGGGGGGUUCCCCAUGGUUAUCCAUUGAGGGAACUGCAGGAAGAUAAAAUGCAGUAUUUGCAGGUGCCCCCUACAAGAAGAUUCUCCCACGACGAAACCGACAUGUGGAUCAGCGACCCGAUCCCCUCGUACCUGCGCCACUGGGGCUCCAGCGAGGACGCCGCGGCGACGGCCCUCUACAGCUCCAGCUUGCCACGCCCCGGGAGGCGCAGGAGCAGCCUGGUCUCCUACCACGAGGAGAGCCCCCGCCGCCAUCGCCGCCCGCCUCCCCCCCACCCGCCGCCCCCCCACGCCACCCACCCCCGCCGCAAGAGCCGGCGCCGCAGCUCCGAGGAUAGCUCCCGCCCCCCCCCCCCGCCGCGGCGCCACCACCUGCCGCGCGUGGCGCUCUGCGGCCCGGAGGACGAGCCGCGCUGCUUCAGCCGCGACGAGGUGGUGAGCUUCAUCGACGAGACGCCGGCGCCCAGCCCCGGGAGGAGCCCACGGCGACGCGCCUCCUCCGCCGUCCCGCUGCCCGUCUCGCCGGACCACCGCGGCGGCGGCGGGCUCUUGCUCCCGCACUUCACGCUCACGGACUUUGAGCGGGAGCCGCACGUGCUGAGGCGGCUCUCGGAGUAUGGGUGUGGCAGUCGGGGGGGCGGCGGCAGCGGCGGCGGGACCCCCGACGGCUCCCCGAGGACCGGGCACCACGGGAGCCCCGGGGGGCACGGCGGCCAGAGACACGCCCGCGAGGACCACCAGGCGCGGGGCGGGCCGGCGGCGUUCGGCCAGGGCCAGCAGGGGGUCGGACAUUCCCCGCGUAGGGCCGCUAGGACGGGCCGGGACAAGGGGCCAGGGGCGGAGAGGAAGGGGAGCAUGAACAGUUUUGUAAGCACCCCUUCAGCCUCCUCCUCGGGGUACAUCACCUUCCACUCGGACUCUGUGGGCUCCGCCACUUGAGGACCACGGCUGACUUUUACUGCAGUGAUCUCUCACCUGCUGGGAUGUUACCUGAUGGAUGUGCCAACAAUCUCAUUUAUUACGGUAUGCUCUGAUCCCAAAGUUAUCCGCGAGGAGCCCGCUGUCUCCUUGGAUAGAAGCAGGACGGUUUUCUGAAGGGACCCUGGAACCCUACCCGCCUCUGAAACGGCGGCGGAGACCUUGAGGACUUUAGCUUUUGCGUGGGCCACUAAGGACACCCUACGGGUUCCCCAGCGCCGACACCUCGUUUGAAACCUCUUCUCUUGCCUUGUUUUGUCGCUGUUCGGUGUUGUUACCAGGAGGCCUCCAAGGUAUGCAGGACAGGACGGAGGCGCAAUAGUGGAGGGGAUAUUAGUUUUGCGCAUUUGCCAAUUUAAAAAAAGAUUAUCGAGUCGUGAAAGAUGUAUUUUUCUCGGGUGAGCGUUUGUUUUGUUGUACCAAGACAUUUUUUUUAAACCAGUCUAUCUCCCUGACUUAUGGGUGUCAUUUUUACUGUGUACCAUGAGGAUUAGGUAACAGUCCUUUCCGGGGGUCAUCAUUUGGUUUGGUUUGUGUUAUGAUGUGUAUUCCUGGUUUCCAUUGCUUCAAUCGCUAUCGUUCAUGAAUCCUAAAACACACACACUGUCUGAUCGACAAACAUCUUUUAUGUCAGAACACAGACGAUGAUUUAAGCCCAUCUCCUAAAUGCAAAUCUCUUUUCCAAUGUGAAACAUCCACAUGUCAUACCAACACCUCACAGCAGAGGGAUUCAGGAGCGCAUUGGUGGUCUGAGCUGAUUGAAAAGUCACGUGGGUAAACGGACGACUUUAGAUAUUUGGUUUUCGUUGUUCUAUUUAGAUUUUGUAUUUGAUAUUUUUGACAAACAACCAUUACAAACGGUUUAUUCACGGAUGUAAGGGCAUUGCAGCAAGCAAACACUGCUUUACAGAGCAGUAGAGAGGAGCAGAUCAAUCAGAUAUUUUGCCUUGAUUGAAAAAGCACUUAAGAAUUCCAUGGUAAGCGGUUUGGGUCCAGGGUUUUGGGUUUAGGGUUCCGAAUCAAUUAUUUAUUGGUCCCUAGUACCAGUGAGGUUAACCUUGCAACUGAUCUCAAGAGUAGCACUGCUGAAACACAGGGUUUCACACCUUCAACCUACUAUUAUAUAUGCAUCCUUAAGAAGAUUCCUAGGGAUCGGGAAUGAUGCACUGUUUAAAACCAAAGCUGUCCCACUAGUUCAGUCCGCAUUUGUGGUAGAGGGAAAAAAUAAAUAAACGUCUGCAAUGAUUUACAACUGUAUUGAUGACACCCUUCUGAUCACUUUGGCCUGAGAUU